AUGACUCUAUGGCCCAGGACUCCCCAGUUUAAUGAUGAUGAUUAUCCGUAUGUAAAUCCAUCGAAAGAUCGCAAGGUUGCACUAAUAACGGGUGGUAAUAGUGGGAUUGGAUUCUUUACUGUUUUACACCUAUAUUUACAUGGAUAUGUUGUAUAUAUUGCUGGAAGAAGUAAAUCAAGAGUAUUGAAAUCAAUAAAAGAAUUAAAAGAACAAGCAGAUCGAAUAAGAUCGAAAUAUUCCGGAUCUUUAAUAAAUGAACGAUUUUUAGGGGAACUUUAUUUCUUAGAAAUCGAUUUAUUAAAUUUAAAUAGCGUAUUGGUGGGAGCAGAAAAUUUUGCUAAUUUAGAGAAAAGAUUAGAUAUUCUAAUUAAUAAUGCAGGAGUAAUGGCAUUACCAUUUUCAAUGACUCAAGAUGGAUUUGAAAUACAAUUACAAACUAAUUAUAUUGCACCAUUUGUUUUAACAACAAAAUUGUUACCAAUAUUAGAAAGAACUGCUGAGCUCAGUACUAAUAAAGUACCUCCAAGAAUAUUAUAUUUAAGUUCAAUUGGUCAUAAAUUUGCAUUUAGAUAUUUUAAUAUGAAUUCCACUUUUAAUUAUAAACCAAAUAUAAUUUUCACUUGGUUUAGAUACGGUUUAGCUAAAACUGCAGGAAUACAUUUUAUGAAAAUGUUAGCAUUAAGAAAUCCAAAAAUCUUAUCCAUGGCGGUACAUCCAGGUUUUGUAAUGAAUACUAACUUAUUUUCCUAUUGGACAAGCCUACCAAUAAUCGGAAUCAUGUUUUGGUGUUUAUUCCAAAUUUUUGGGUUUUUCUUUGGCGUUUCAAAUGAAAUUGGCUCGUAUGCUUCGGUUAAAUGCUGUUUGGAUCAGAAUCUAUCAAUUGAAAAAUCAAAUGGUAAGUAUUUUGCUACUAACGGUGUUGAAGCUGAACCUUCGAGUGUUGCAAAAAAUAUGGAUUACGCUGCUAGAACUUGGAUAUGGACUAUUCAUCAAUUAAGUGAACGUAAUAUUAAUAUACCUAAUUGA